AGCAGACAAGCAACAUUCGGACAACAUUGUACUCAGUUAAAAGUGGUAGACUGCAAGAAACUAGACUCUUUUAAUCUCAUUGGGAUGGCGUCCGGCUCCGUGCCUAAGUUCUGGAAACCAGGAACUGCUGCUCCUGGAGAAGGCUUGAAAGAGGAGAGAUCAGGUGGCAGUGGACAGGGAGAGACCCAGUGUGUCGUAUUCAACCAGUAUGUAUCACUCUCAAUCGAGCAACAGAGGCAAAGACUACCAGUAUUCAAGCAUCGGAAUCAUAUCCUGUACCUGCUGGAGAGGUACCAGACCCUGGUCGUGGUAGGUGAGACAGGAAGCGGAAAGAGCACCCAGAUACCACAAUACCUGGUAGAGGCUGGCUGGGGAGCAGAGGGUCAUGUGAUAGGGGUAACACAACCCAGGAGAGUAGCUGCUGUCACAGUAGCCCAGAGAGUUGCAGAGGAGAGAGGAGCCAUCAUUGGGCAUGAGGUUGGGUAUGCCAUUCGCUUUGAAGAUUGUGCUGAUCCACAGUCUACAAAAGUCAAGUUCAUGACAGAUGGGUACCUGCUGAGGGAGAUGAUGAGAGAUCCUCUUUUAAAAAGAUACAGUGUUUUAAUGCUUGACGAAGCCCACGAGAGGACCCUCUUCACCGACAUCAUCGUCGGCCUCCUGAAGAAGAUCCAGAGGAAGAGACCCGAGCUGAGAAUCAUCAUCGCCUCUGCUACCCUCGAUGCAGAAUCCUUCAGGAAUUUCUUCAACCAGAAUUCCAGCAAAGAUAAGACUGAGGAUACUGCAGCUAUACUCACAGUAGAAGGAAGAACUUAUCCAGUUGAUAUAUUCUAUGCUACCAGUCCUGUACCAGACUACUUGAAGGCUGUGGUGGAGACCAUCAUGAAGAUCCACAAGUCAGAACCAAAGGGUGAUAUCCUUGCUUUCCUUCCGGGUCAAGAUGAGGUCGAGAAUGUCCUCAGAAUGGUCAUAGACCAGAUCCGAGUAUUGCGAGACAGCUCCAUGAAGAUGAUGGCCCUGCCCAUGUACGGUAGUCUCCCGGCCAACGAUCAGAUGAGGGUCUUUGAAAACGUGGGCAAGAACACGAGAAAGGUCGUCAUAGCAACCAACAUUGCCGAAACAUCCAUCACCAUUAAUGGCAUCGGAUAUGUCAUUGAUGGCGGCUUUGUAAGGAUCAAGGCUUUCAAUGCCAAAAACAGUAUCGAGGGGCUUGUCACCGUUCCCGUGUCCCAGGCGUCGGCUCAGCAGAGGGCAGGCAGGGCGGGGCGUGUCAGAUCUGGGAAGGCCUACAGACUCUACACAGAAGAAGACUUCAUGAAGUUACCCAAGACGACUGUGCCAGAGAUGCAAAGGAGCAACCUGGGUACAGCCAUCCUCCAAUUAAAGUGCCUCGGGAUCGACAACGUGCUGCGCUUCCCAUUCCUCUCCCCUCCAUCCUCGAAGGCUAUGGUCAGAGGGCUAGAGCUACUCUAUGCCCUGGGUGGACUCAAUGACCAUGCCAAGCUGUCCGAACCUUUAGGGGUCAGGAUGGCCGAGCUACCGGUCAAUCCCAUGCUGGCCAAGAUGCUACUUGUAUCGGGAGAGUAUGGAUGUUCAGAAGAGAUACUCACCAUUGCUGCAAUGCUACAAGUCAACAAUGUAUUCCAGAGUCCUGCCAAUCAAAGGAAUACAGCUGAAAGAGCUAAAAGAAAGUUUGGAGUUAAAGAAGGAGAUCAUCUGACGUUAUUAAAUGUCCAUGAAUCAUUCAUAAAGUACAAGAAGAACUCAAGAUGGUGCAGAGAAAACUUCUUGAAUAGCAAAGCCCUUAUUAGAGCCCUGGCGGUCAGGGAACAGCUGAAGAAACUCCUCAAGAAGUUCAAGGUCAAGAUGGUGUCAAGCGAGGGCGACAUGGACACGGUGCUCCGCUGCAUCGUAGCUGGUUUCUUCCCCAAUGCUGCUCACUACCACCCCAGUGGGGAGUACAGGACAAUACGAGAUGACUACCCGCUACAUAUUCAUCCCUCUUCUGUUCUGUACACCCAACCUCCACCAAGAUGGGUGGUGUAUAACGAGGUCCUUCAGACUAGCAAGGACUACAUGAGAGAUGUGACUGUUGUCAAAUCAUCAUGGUUGUCUGAGAUAGCUCCCCACUUCUACCAAUUUGGAACAGUCAAUGAAAUAGCUGCGAAACGACAGAAGACUGAUGGGUGACACAUGGACACAUAGGCAAUGCGCGACAUAACUACAGUGCAAUACACACUCAUGAGAUCAUGUACACUUUCUGAUAUGUGAGGAAAAUUCUCUCGAAGUACAAUGUACAUGCGUAUCCAUCUUCUCAGCCUGGUAGCCUAGCUUGUCAGCUGAAAUAUUUGCCAGUGUAUGAGAAUGAGGAACUGAUGGAGGAAGAGAUAGGGGUAGACCGACUAGGACUUGGACAGAUAACAUCAAGCAGUGGACAGGCAUGUCAUUUGAUCAUCAGCUAACGAGAACAGCUGAAGACAGGAAGUUAUGAAGAACCUGUGUCUCUUUACGAAAAGCUCUCGUUAAAACUAUACCCCACCACUAUAACACAGGGACCAAUGUAAAUCAGGUGGGGUAUCACAACCCCACUUUCGUUUCUCUCGUUAAAACUUUGACAGAGCCUUACAGCUCUUCGCAUCUGUACUCUUCAUCAUCUUACGUAAUUCUUAUAGUGUAAACAUACUCUUACUGGGGCUCUGCCUGAAAGGAAAUAAGAAGUAGGAAAUAUAUGUUUUAACUUGUUUUAAGAUAUUUUCAUGUCCACAAGUCACUUAUAAUUUAGAUGAAGACCAUAAUGAAAAUUCGAACGAAGCAAAAUGACCCAGAAUGUGCGAUAUAACAGGAAUAUUAACAAUGAAAAUUAACACUCUCCCUUCCUCUCUACCUUUAUCAUGCUUAUCUCUAUCUCCCUCUCUAGGUCUGGGCGGGGGGAUUACAUAGUAUAGCGCUAGUCUGAGAGUCAAAUGGGGGUUUCAAUUUUAAACAGUUUUUGUCAUGUCAAGGUCCAUUUCAUUGUUGCCUAAAUGGCCUCCAAGCAAUGGGAGUUUUUUUUCUCAAGUAACUGAAAAAAUGCUGCAAGGUGCGAACUAAGCCAGAGUCAUUAUGGUUUUCGUGCUAAACGUUUACUUAACCGUUAAAUGGAUACGGGCAGUUUCGUUUAACCGUUACAUACAUGCCAAGCGCGAAGUCCUUUUAGCCGGGGUCCAGGGCCCG